UGCCUUCUAUGCACUUCAUGCCCAGCGUAUGGAUCUCGCUCAACGCGUUCGCAGGUUUAUCUGCUACUCUCAGUACUGUUAAUGGUGUUCAUACCUCCAUUAUGCAGUUGAACAAUACCGUGAAUGCAAAAGAAUCCGAGGCGACCCAACUGAUCUGUGUAGCUUAUAUUGCGGCGCCUGCGUUGAUUUUUGAGGUGAUCUAUGCAGUCAUAAUCGUCUAUGUGCUGUUAUCCGCCAAACGUCUGAGGACCCCAUUUUGCAUGUACUUGGUAAACAUUCUACUUUCCGGUAUCGCUAAUUCAAUGCUACGAUGCGCAGUGCAAUGGCACAUUAUUGCCACCGGAUUCGCUUCUGACCAGUCGGCAUUCAGUGUCUUCUGGUGCGCAGCGGAAAUAUUCAGCGACUGGAUCGUCGGUCCGCUGAGUGUUACGGCGCACAUUCCCUUUGCCGUCAGUCGAGCCUGGGCUGUGACUUUUCCGCUGUCAUACCGCAAGCUCCAUAGCAAAAAAAUCGCAGUAGCCACCUGUUUAUUAAUGCACAUUUUCACAUGUUUAAUUCGUCUUCCACAUUUUGUUUGGAGUGUCCAAAAGUUGCGAGUUGGCGAUGGGCCUCAAGGUGUUAUUCCUGCACAUAUUCACCAUGUGAUGUUUGUCUGUAUAAAAGCUCUGUGGUUUGCAAGCUUUAUCAUCGUCUUCGGAUCUCUACCGUACGUUUCCGUUAUGCGACGCAUCAAGAGAACGAGGAUGCCUGUAGGCCGAAUCGUGCAGCAACAACUGUCGGCCGGAGCCAACAGAAUAUACAUGAUCUCCACAAUCAUAUGUUUUGUUAUAUGGAUGCCAAUUAUUGUAGCAAACGAGUUUUUCCCUUUGGAGAAGGUGCUUAUUGAAAGCAUCAUGCUGUUUGGCGGUUUGGGUCGGAUGCUGCAGGCGACUUUAUUUGCUUUAUACUCGCCGUUGUCAAGGGAGGCGUUUUAUUCAAAGCUGCGCAAUAUUGUCCCAUGGUUUGCUACAUGAAUAACACGUAUCUCCGGAAGAAGAUCUCAAAGAUUUUAAAUCGUUCUGGUACCUUCGCUUUAUCAUUCCGUCUGAACAAGCUUAAAUGUCAUAUCAAAAUUAUUAUUACCAGAAUUAUUUAAUUAAAAUGAUUAAGUACGUAACUUUGUGAUUUAGAGCGUGAUAAAUUAUGUAUAACUUGAUUUGCAUGUACAAUGACAGUCAUAUACUUCUACUGUAUUGCCCGUUUGUAUUCACAGUUCAAGGGUACAUAAAUUUUUAA